ACCUCUUGUUCUGCUGGUCCUCAAGGCGUUAUUUACACACCUUUUAAAGAAUGACACCAUCAGGGAGGCAGGAGGGCAGUCCUCUGAUAUUGGUGUUGAUGGUUGCCUCCGCAGCCAUCGGAGGAACGCUUCAGUAUGGCUACAAUCUGGCAAUAAUGAACGCUCCAACCACUUACAUCCAAACUUUUAUCAAUGAGACGUUCCUCCAACGCUGGGACUUUCAGCUGGAGGACUACCAGGUGACGUUGGUGUGGACAAUCAUUGUCUCCAUCUUCUCACUGGGGGGCUUUGCUGGAGCACUCAUAGCGGGACCAAUGACCAUUCGCUUUGGGAGGAAAAAAUGUCUGCUGCUGAACAAUAUUUUCCUCAUGAGCGGGGCACUCUUAGCCCUCACAAGUCGGGCUGCCAGGUCAUUUGAGAUGAUCAUACUCUCACGUGUGCUGAUUGGAAUAAAUGCUGGAAUCAGCAUGAAUGUACAACCCAUGUAUUUUGGGGAAAGUGCACCAAAGCACUUGAGAGGAGCCAUAUCGCUCUCAUCGGCUGUUUUCACAGCAUUUGGUGUUGUUUUGGGGCAGGUGGUCGGUCUCAGGGAGAUUUUGGGAGGUGAGUCAUGCUGGGAAUAUCUGCUGGCCAGUAAUGCUAUUCCUGGCUUCAUCCAGCUUCUGACUCUGCCCUGGUUCCCAGAGAGUCCCAGAUACCUGCUUAUCGACAGAGGGGACAAAGAGGCUUGUAUCAACGCUUUGCGGCGUCUUCGAGGCUGUGAGGUCCAGAGCAGUGAGCUGGAUGAGAUUCUGGAGGAACAGGCAGAUAUUAAAGGCAUGAGACCAAAGCGGCCGUGGGAACUUUUCGCUGAUCGUUCUGUGCGCUGGCAGCUCAUUUCUGUCAUCAUCAUCAGCAGCGCCAUGCAGCUCUGUGGAAACGAUUCA